AUGGAUUACUCCUUUCUCUCUCCUGAGAAGGAGGAAGAGGUUGAAGAUGAGUCAAGACUGGUCACAAUCCUGUGUCUGACUGACACGGUGACAGGUUGGCCGCUGGCACUUCAACUUCUCAACAAGUCAAGCGAAGUAGCCCAGUCCAGGUACUGUCUACAGAAUGUGGACCUCUACCUGAAGAACCUUGGGUACAACAAAGUCAUUCUACAGCAUGAUGGCGAGCCCUCAAUAAGAGCCCUGGCUGAGUCAAUCCAAGGACAUGUUGGAUCCAUCCGAGCCUCUGUGCGGGAGUCUCCGCCCAAGCAGCACCAGUCACAAGGAGCUGUGGAAUCCAUGAAUGGGUUUGUAGCAAGCCAAAUCCGAGCUUUGUGGCUCGACGUCAGGAAGCGGUAUCCUUCCUUGGACGUGUCCAGCAACUUGACACCGUGGCUUGUGCGCCACGCAGCAUGGCUGAUAGCACGUUUCCAGGAAUCGCAGACUAAUCAAGAGUUGAUGAACGACAUGAAAGGAACUCCUUGGCAACCCCGCGACCGGGAUGAGGCACAAGAUCAACAAACAAUUGCCACAGCCAGUGGCACUCCCAGCGCCAGCCGCAGCGGGUCCCACCGCGCUGGCAUCAGAGCCCCCGCUGGCAGAAAAGAUGGUCAAAAUGUUGACCAGGAUGGGUUAGUCGUGCAAGCCGCAGCCCAGCUGGAAGACCUACUUGGCGACCAAGCCGAGGACUUCCCAGCGGGUAUCCCCGCGGACAACGACGACGACGACGACGACGCGCUAAGCUGCGUGCCCACCACGCCAGCAAGAUCUGAAGCUGCAGAUCCUACGCCGGCAGCAAUGCCGAGCGGGCAGCCUCCGCCCUUCCGAGGAGGGAAGCGAGUAAGAGAUGAUCAGGCAGCGCUUGCACCAGGACAAGCCGAAGCCAAGCAGUCCAGGCAAGCAGGUGUCUUGCAGCCUUUGACAAAUCACGAGAUCUGGUCCCACAUCCAAGAAUGGGCCAACUCCAAAGAUAAGAGCAAUCCAAUGGCUUUGCAAAGGAUAGCCAAUGUGAUGGAUUUCGUCGACCAAUUGCUCGACCCAGAGGAGGUUGCCAAAGCGCGAAAAGUCCAACUUCAAAAGCUUUGGGCCUUGGGAGCAUUGGGAGCGAGGAGCAUAGCAUACAAGUCGCGCUUCACAUGCGCUGACGUUAAGGCUCGCCACAUGGCAAGCGAGGAGGAGGGAUUGGACGUGUUCGUUCCAACUCCGACCCCAGAAGCGCACAAUCUUCUGGAGGUCUAUGCUCUGACAAAGGGAGCCAGCGAAGGGAAGCAUGUCUACAUGCGUGCGCCAGUUGAAUGGCACGACAUCUUCCUUGAGUUGGAUGGAAACCUGUACGGCAGAAGGGCAGCCGGAUCCGUCUAUAGGAAUGAGCUGGAGGAAAUCCUCUGCUCAAGGGUUGAUCCACAGCGGUAUGCUUUCACUCGAGGUGAGAAAGAUCCGUGUGUCUUCCGUUGUGACAAGUCAGGGGUCAUCCUGAUCCACCACAUAGACGACGUCCGUAGGGCUGGACCGAAAGAAGCUGUAAAUCACUUGGUUGAAGUCGAAAUGCCGAAACACUGCGAGGUCCAAGCAGGAGAGCUCGAAAGCGAGGGAACAGCUGUUGAGUAUCUGGGUCGCACCAAGGUACGAACCAAAGACGCUAUCAUCACGAUACCAGAUGAGAAGCACAUCAAAGCUGUCAUCGCUGCUGCGGGAAUCUCCGCCAGAGACCGCAGUGAGGUUCCUUCCAAACAACUGAAGAACCUCUUAGAAACGGAGCCUCUUGGCGAGGCAGAUGCCAAGCUUUAUCGCUCGGCAGUGGGAUCAGCGAUCUACCUGUCGCUGGACAGGAGGGAGAUCCAGUACGCGGUGAAAGAAGCAGCGCGACACAUGUCGCAACCGCGAAAAUGUGACAUGCAAGCCGUCAAGACUCUCGCGGCAAACUUGCAGUCGCAUCCACAUGUUGGCCGAGUCACAACUUGUGAUCAUAACUGUAGCUCAGAGUGGCCAUGCGAAUUGUAUAGCCAUUCGGACUGGGCCGGAUGCCUGGAGACACGGCGAAGCACCGACUGUUACAUAGCAAUUAUAAUGGUGUGUGGUGCAAUCGUCGCAUGUGGCUCACAGACCCAACCGGGCCUACCAGCAGCUAUCUUCCUCAAGGAGCUGAUCACCCGAGAUUUUGGCCAGCAGUGCGGAAAGCCCCGCCUAUGGACGGACAGUUCAUCGGCAAUGCAAGCUUCCAAGCGCAUUGGACCAGGUUCCAAACUCAGACAUCUUGAAGUCUGUGAGUUCUAUGUGCAGCUUUGCAGUCCAAGCAGAUGGCUUUGGGCAAAGUCAAGGGCAUCACCAAACACCCAAAGAGUGGAACGGAAGUAA